GUCACAGCGACUUGUUUUGAGUGCAUCGCUUCGGUCCAGGUGGAGACAUGGUGCAGCUGUACUGCUGGGGAGACAGCUCCAGUGGACAGUUCGGUCCACAGACAGCCCUCAGUCCGGUGUCCUGGACUGUCCCCGGGGUCAUAACCAACAUCUGCUGCGGAGAGCAACACACUUUAUUUCUCAACUCAGAUGGAGGCGUUCUGUCGUGUGGACACAACUCACAGGGACAACUUGGACGAAGAAAAAGUAAAGAUGGAAGGACACCAGGUCGUGUGGAGGGGCUGGGUGAUGUGGUGACGAUGGCUUGUGGUCAGGACCAUUGUCUGGCUGUGUGUGCAUCUGGACACGUCUUCUCCUGGGGGGCCGCAGAGGAUGGACAACUGGGGAUGUUGCCAAAUCCGCUCAGACCAAGUCGGGUGCCCAUACCAUUGCCAGUGCCAGUGAUUCAAGUUGCCUGUGGAAACUCCCACUCUCUGGCAUUGACUAAAGGAGGAGAUGUCUUCUCGUGGGGUUUGAACAGUCACGGUCAGCUAGGUCUGGGGAGGGAGGUGUCACUGCAGUACACACCUGACCUGGUGUGCGCUCUGUCCGGCAUAGCAGUGACCCAGAUUGCAGCUGGGGCGACCCACACUCUGUUCCUCACGCUCCCAGGCCUUGUGUACUGCUGUGGGGCCAAUAAAUCUGGCCAGCUGGGCCUCAACAGGGUGGAUGAGAGGGGCAGGUUUAACAUCUGUAUGGUACCUGCCCUCAGACCUCUGCGUGUCUCCUUCAUAAGCUGUGGAGAGGCACACUCCGCUGUGUUAACAAAGGAUGGUAAGGUUUUCACUUUUGGAGAGGGACGCCACGGUCAGCUUGGUCACAACUCCUCUGCUAACGAAGUGAAACCCACAUUGGUUGAUGGUCUAGACGGACCCGCUUCACAGAUUGCAUGUGGCAGGCGUCACACUCUGGUUUUGGGCUCCUCUGGCCAGCUGUGGGCUUUUGGCAAUGGGGUCAAAGGUCAAAUAGAGACUGGGCAAACAGAAGACAGUCUGACUCCCACUCUGGUUCAACUUCCAUGGACCGCUGACAGUGCAGCAGCCAUACCCAGUGCAGACUUGAGAAUAUCAGCUGGAUGGAAUACAAACUUUGCUUACUCUUCACCUGUACAGAACUCAGAUUGUGGACAGAUUACUGGGCGACUCGAUGAGACAAAACUGCAAAGAUGGCUGUCAAUGGAAUAUGGCAAUGCAGAAACAAGAAAAGAAAUAUCGUUGACGUUUCUGACAAGUUCAAGUCUUGUUGCAAGUUUCACAAAAGCAGAUGGUUCUUCAUUAAAAGCAGGUGCCCUAACUGUGGACCUUGAGGCAGCCAGCCAGGCUUUCGACAGGCUGCUGGAAAUACCAUGGAUCAAACAAUCAGUAAACCUAAAACCUCUAAUGGACUUGCUUGUUGCUUCAAUGACUUCCCUAAAAUCUCCAGAGAUCCUACUGAUUCUGCUGUCGUGCCCUCUUCUUCAAGAGGACUCCAACGUCAUGAACAUUGCGUUGCCUCUGGCACUCAUUAUUGGACAUCUGAAUGAGAAGGCUCUGGAUUUACUAAGAGGCUGGUGGUCUUCCCUGUCACCCUGCAUGCUGAUGAAGCACAUCAUGGUCUUCAAAAAGGCCCUGGCCUUCAUGCUAAGAAAUGGCCUCUUGGCGACCCACAACCGAGGAGUCAAAUACCUGCUGGAGGCCCUCAAACUGCUCUACAAAGCAAACAAAGCUGGAAAGUCCUACAAGGUCCCACUGAGCACGUUUUAUGUAGAGGAAAUCAUUGGCAACGUGCUGCCGGUUGAGGACGUCAGUCUUUGGUGGCAAUUUUCCAAAGUGGAGGAUGACCAUAACACACCCGCCAUCUUCUGCCGCUACCCAUUCCUGUUCACUCUGGUUUGCAAGGUGGCGGUUUUCAACGUCUUUGCAGUCAUAAUGAAGAAAGCGCACCAUUUCAUUCAUGAAUUGGCUUUGUCGUGGCCUGAUGAGUCACUGGUCGGUCCCCCAGAUGCUGCCCCGGCCCCGGUCUUCCAGCUAACCCUGAGACGAACUCACCUUGUCGAGGACACCUUCAGACAGCUCGGUGCAGCUGACCACUGUGCCUUCAAAAGGGAGCUUUUGGUGCAGUUUGUCGAUAAAAGAGAGGUGACAAAUGUCAACAAAAAGGACUUCUUCCUCCAAGUGUUUGACGAGCUCAUAGCUCCCAAGUCUAAAAUGUUCAUGUACGAUGAGAGCAAGACACUUAUUUGGUUCCCUCCCCGGCCAAAAGUGGAGGUGAAGACUUACUUCCUGUUCGGUGUUCUGUGCGGACUGGCUCUUUACAACCACAACAUUAUCCACCUGCCCUUCCCACUGGUUCUCUUCAAGAAGCUGGUCAGGGUCAAACCUUCACUCAAUGACAUGAAGGAGUUUGACCCUGUAAUGGGAGAGUCUUUGAGGUGCAUGUUGGAGGACUACACACCUGAUGUAGUCAGAGAAAUGGAGACUACUUUCACUGUGACCUGGGGAGGUGAGAAAGUUGAGCUUGAUCUGGAAGAAGCUGGAAAACCUGUCACAGGGUCAAACAGGAAAGAGUACGUAGAUGCUUUUGUCAACUACGCCUUCAACAAAUCAGUGGAGGGUGUGUUUGACUUGUUCAAGAGAGGGUUUUUUAAAGUGUGUGAUAUGGACGUGGUGGACUUCUUCCAGCCGGAGGAGCUGCAAGCAGUGAUGGUGGGCCAAGAAAACUACGACUGGGAGGUGUUCAAGCAGAACACAGUUUAUGAAGGAGACUACCACGCAGGGCAUCCGAACAUCAUUACCUUCUGGGAGGUGUUUGAGGAACUGACAGCAGAGGAAAAGAAAAAAUUUCUUUUGUUCCUCACAGGCAGUGACCGUGUACCAUUCAUGGGCAUGGAGAGCAUCAGGAUGAGAGUGGCUGUCUUGCCCGAUGCCAAUGAGCUCCAUCUGCCAGAAUCCCUCACCUGUCAUUGUCUGCUGUUACUGCCCAUCUACCGGAGAUACCCAGUCGAGAGGACAAUGCAGAUGAGGCUUCGUCAGGCCAUUAAUCACAACAGAGGCUUCUGGAAGAAAGAUAGCGCUACACGCUGAAGUACCAAUGGCUUCUUUAAAAACUAUAUGUUCUUUUCAGUUAGUCUUGGCUUUUUUGUUGUUACACACUGCUACUUCAGUGUCAUAAAGUACUAAAGGGGGAUCCAUUGUAAUGUUUUUUAAGAUAUGAAGGGAUUUAACAGUAGACCAGCAGGUCAUGUGGAGUCAUUUAGUACAAACUGGGCAGUAAUGCAUCAUAGUUACCAUUAUAUUCCUGCCUGCAUUUGUUUCAUGUUGUUAAAGCUUUAUUUUUAGUUUUUCCGUCUGUGCAGACUGGACUUAACUAUUAAAGAGUUUCCACUUAUUCACUUAGCUUUUGUGAUUUACAAAUAAAAAUGUUCACACCCAAAAUUAGUUAGCAUAAAAAAAUCACUUGUAUUAAGUACCUAGAUUGGAUGAAAGAGGGAUGGAUAUUGGGCCAGAACUUCCAGAUUUUUCUUCACUCCAUGUAAAGUCAGCAGUUGUUAGAUUAUGGUAUUGCUUUCAGUCAUUGCUAAGAAUAACCUCAGCUAUUAACCUAACCUAGUAUUAAGCAUUCUCUCUCUGUUCAGAUUAUACCAUCUUAAAUCUUUAGCAAGUGUUUUAAUGUUUGUGUAAAAAAACAGAAAUUCUAAAAUGUACGCAAUGUAGGAAAUCAUUCAUUUUUCUGCCAUCAGUACCUUAAUAACCAAACAAUAAAGUAAUUAAGUAACUUUAAAAAAA